GUUGAAGAUCUUACUCGUAAAGCUCAACUUCAAGAUAUUGAGAUGGAACGAACUACCCAACAGUUGAAGGAGGCUCUCACAGUAGCAGGGGAAGAAACUACAAAAUGUAAAGCAGCGAAGGAAGUAAUUAAGUCGCUCACAGCCCAAUUAAAGGAAAUGGCUGAAAGGUUACCGAUUGGAACAGCAAGAAACAUUGAUACUCGUCCAUUAGACUCUCCCAGUCCCACUCAUGAAGUUUCUACUGCAGCCAUUGAGAAAACAAGCAGUCCAUUGACUUUCCAUGAACCAUAUUCAGUUGUAUCAAACAGCUUGACGAUUUCUGACUUGCCAAAGUCCUACAAUAACCACACUUCAAAUCACACUGAAGUGACACAUUCAGAAGCAACAGCUAGGCAUAAGAACAGGGGAACAAAAACUGAAGCAACACAUGGGGUUGAAUGGGUUGAGCAAGAUGAGCCUGGUGUAUAUAUUACCCUUGUUUCCUUGCCUGGAGGAGUCAAAGAUCUCAAGCGUGUCCGCUUCAGGUAUGUCUCCUUUUGUGAUUAUGUCGUGCAGCCACUUUUUAACGAUAGAUUCUCCUAA